AUGAAGCGAAAGGCGCCCGACACCCUCGACAGCGACCACCGACUCACGAAGAAGUUUCACUUGCUCAAUCUCCAGCCCAAUGGCACACCGUACACGCCCAUCUCCGCCUCCGCGCAACUCCCGCGCACGACCCCCAAACCGCAGCCUUCAGUCUCCGACCCCGAGCCCAUGCAGCUAGAGGAUACAAAAGACAAAGUAUACAUCUACGACAUAGACGCCGAGCUCGCCGAGCUCUCCUCCUCCGACUCCGACGAGGCCCCCAUCUUCAUCCGUGACGUCGACAAACAGCUGCACCAGAUACCCAAGCACGUGCUCAUGGGGCCGCCGCCGGAGCCCAGGAGUACCGAGCUCGUGCUGUAUAAGGUGCCUGAGUCGUUGUCGGUGCCGCGGGAGCAGGACAGUGUGCGUAAGGCGAUUAUUGAGGCAAGGGCAAGGGCGAGGGAAAGGCAGGGGCUGCAGGUACCGCAUUUGCCGGAUGCGGAGCCGUAUAUGGUUGAUGGUAUUCAUGGUGAGCUUGCAAAUGGUACAACGCCCGAGGGCGUGGAUAGGACCAGUUCAGGCGCGGCGAAAGAGGAUAGAGUGCAUGAAGAAGAUGAAGGGGAAGAUGAUCCAGACGCUAUGGACCUAGGGUAG